UUCAGUCGCCGUUUAGACCGCGACAACGCUGGGCAUCGAACCGGCUGCUCGUCUGCUCUGUAAAUUUUCGUAAACGCGAUUUUUCAGCAUUUAUUUAAACAAUAAUUACAUACAAAUAAUAUUAACUUUAAAAAAUUAUAAUUAAAUUUCAAUUCAAUUGAUUAUUUUCACUGAGAUAUUUACUUCAGGGAAAGAAAAACGCAACGCAGCUGAUUAUUAUACUAAUUAGACUAUAAAAAAAAAUGAAUAUGCUUUUGUAAGACGUAAUCUUGGAAGAUUUUAACGGAAACGGAAAUAAAAAUUGAGUACAGAUACUAAUCUGCGGAAGAAAUAAAAAUAAAUAACGCACUUAGUGAAAUACCGGAACGAAAAUUGAUAAUAAAAGUGGGAGAAAUAUUUUUACGGAGUAGAUGCAAUUUUAACGAGAGUCACGUGCGUGAUUGGGAGAGACAGAGAUACAUAGGAACGGAAACAUUGAAAGCGCAAUCAACUGAAGUUGUUUCUCUAGUUGGUAGUUUAGUAGGUGAGGUUAUUUCUACUUCAUCUUCAUCUUCGGCUUCAGCUGCGGCUUCGGCUUCGUCUAAUUCCCAAUUGCCGGGUUUUGAAGACAUUACAAGGAAAAGAAAUAAAGAACAGCCGGUAGAAGUGGGACGUCAAUUUGACCGCGAUUGCCGGGGUUUGUGGACAAAGACCGGGAAAGAGAUCGGGCCCGGAUGCUCGCAAGAACAAGACGUCGGAAGCGCUGUCACGUUGGAAGGGAAAAUCUUGACGGUCCUCAACAAGUUUCUGACAACAUCCCCUUUGGUUAACAAGGUUAAGCUACUUAUGACACGUAAAGACACUGAUGGAGGAAGUGGAGGCGACCAAGAACCAGGUAGUUGUUCUUCAAGGCCAUCGAUUAGUGAAACUUCCUGGGCGGAUGCGCAAAAACCGUCAGUGCCAAAUGAAUUUACGUCAACUUUAACAUCUAUUCGACAGCAGUUUCCGCUCGGCGAUGAUAGCGAUAAAAAAAUAAUUUCAACUGAGAAACAAGAGCCAUUAGAAGAAGCUAGACAUGAUAAAUGUCUUUUACGAGCUGACUGUCCUAUUCAAGCUAUCCAAGUGACCGGUUGUGAGCCAUCAGACGCUAAGAUGGAGCCACUGAUGGUCUCGACGGCUUCUUCAAGUUCUUCGGUAUCUGGACAAACGAGACUUCCUACUAGUUUACUUUUCGAGCUACCGGACUCUCGCAGAGGAUCCACUACUCCGAGUGACAAAAUGCCGGCUAUCAGUAAAGCUCAAAUGAAAGAAUUCGAAGAAGCAUUCAAUCUCUUUGACAAAGAUCGUGAUGGAAGUAUUACCAAAGAAGAACUCGGCAGAGUUAUGCGCGGUUUGGGGCAAUUUGCCAGAACAGAGGAAUUGCGAACAAUGCUCGAGGAAAUCGACACUGACGGUGAUGGAAAUGUCAGUCUAGUGGAGUUUGUCAAGAUUGUUAGCAAUAUUGGCAAUGCAAGUGCUGCACAACAGACAGAUCUUACUCAAGAGCAACAGGAGGAACAAGAAUUACGUGAUGCAUUUCGGGUCUUUGAUAAACACAACCGUGGUUAUAUCACAGCAUCUGAUCUCCGAGCGGUGUUACAGUGUCUGGGUGAAGAUUUAUCCGAGGAAGAGAUUGAGGACAUGAUCAAAGAAGUGGAUGAAGACGGGGAUGGACGAAUUGAUUUUUGCGAAUUUGCUCGAUCACUUGUGAAUCCAUCGAGUGACAAUGAAGAUGAAGAAGAGGACGAUGAGCUACCGCAGUCACCUCUUUCUUAAAAAACAAUAACUAUUAUAAUAAAGUCGAAUGCUUGUUUAAUAAUUAUUGGUAUUUUUCUCUGUUAACGAAAAAUCAACGAGCAAAAAAAACAACUUAAAAUUAAAUAAACUUAAUUAAUUAAAAAUAAAUAAAAUCAUAAUCACUGCACGAUAUUGUCAUUAAUAAAUUUAUUCAUACUGACACUUUGCGUGUCUACAAGUGAUGUAACUAUGUGUAUAUGUAUAAUGUAUAUUUAAUUUUAAUUUUGGCUUUUAAAUUUUUUAAAUAUUUAUUGAGUUAAUUAAAUUAUAAUUUUGUUCUGUAUUUUAAAUAAAACAAUGAGAGAAUCAGUAGAGAGAAUUAUUUUAUAGGUGCGUUGAUCUCGAAUAAAAUUAUAUUCAGACGUGUCGAUUGUAAUCUUUCAGUGAUUUUGAAUAUCUAAAGAAUAAAUAAUAUAAAUUUUAUCUCGUACCUUAAUGAAACGAGAGGUUUCGCGUUUUACAAUCAAUUUAGAGUCCAGUUAUGAAAACAAUAUUUUUUUUUCUUUUUUAAAUUAUCAUUUCUACAGAUUUUAAAUCAAUUAUAAAUUUUUUAAAUAUUAUAUUUUCAUUACUGGGCAAAAAUAUUGAAAUAUUAAAAAAAAAUUCUACAUAUCCAAGUAAAAAAUUUAAUCGCUUACAUUUUGAGACAUAAAUCUUGUAAUUGAUAUUUGUAGAAUUAAAUUAAAAUAACGCAAAUAUAAAAUAACUGCAAAAAUAUCUUUGAACGAAAAAUUUUAAUAAAAAUUAUCCAAAAUCUUAUUACGUAAAAUUUAAAAGUUAAAAAAAACAUAAUGAAUGAGUUAAUUUUGCUCAAAUUGCAUUCCAUUUAUUUUUGUUUAAAAAAAAUAUUUAGAUAAAUAAUUAUAGAAAAAAUUAGAUUUACAUCCAUUGAGUAAAGAUAAUUUUUUCAUAAAAAUAAAAAAAUCAAAGGUAAUAUAAAAACUGUAUAAAUAAGUCCACUGGUCGUAAAAUUAAAUAAGUAAUGAAAUAAAUAAAUUAUCAUCCUACUGCACGCAUGCUCAAUGAAUUUUUCAUUAAAAAUCCUCUAUAAAUCUUUUUCAAUUUAAGAAAAAAUAAACUUAAAUAUACAGCGACCAGUUGACUUGUACCAAUAAUUAAAAUUAUUAAUUCAAGAAAGUAUUAAUUUAUUAUAUAAUUAACUAACUAUUAAAUUAAUUAAUUGUGAUUAAAAUAUGCUUAUUUAUUUAUU